CCGGCUCGGGCGUAUUUGAGGCGCAGAGGCGGCCGCCGCCCCGCCAGGACGACACGGCCUCUGCCUGAGUUGCCCCCGCGGCGCGCGCACAAGUGCCGAGGCGUCGGGAAAAUGGCGGAUGGUUUUUCGCUUAAUGAUGCCUUAACUGGGUCUGGAAAACCAAACCCUCAAGGUUGGCCUGGUCCAUGGGGAAACCAGCCUGCUGGGGCAGGAGGCUACCCGGGAGCAUCCUAUCCUGGGGCCUACCCUGGACAGGCACCUCCCGGCCCCUACCCUGGACAGGCACCACCCGGCCCUUACCCUGGGCAGGGAGCUCCUGGGGGCUACCCAGGCCAGGCACCUCCAGGGGCCUACCCUGGCCCAACAGCACCUGGUUAUCCUGGACCAACUGCACCGGGUGCCUACCCUGGGCCUGGGGCGUACCCGCCUCCUGGACAGCAAGGUGCUUCUGGAGGAUAUGCUGCUGCCGGCCCCUAUGGCAUCCCUUCUGGACCACUGAAUGUGCCUUACGACCUGCCUCUUCCUGGAGGAGUCGUGCCUCGCAUGCUGAUAACCAUCGUGGGCACAGUAAAGCCCAAUGCCAACCGACUUGCUUUAGAUUUCAAGACAGGGAAUGACGUCGCCUUCCACUUUAACCCACGCUUCAAUGAGGACAACAGAAGAGUCAUUGUUUGCAAUUCAAAGCUGAAUAAUAACUGGGGGAGGGAAGAAAGACAGUCGAUUUUCCCAUUUGAAAGUGGUAAACCUUUCAAAAUACAAGUGCUGGUUGAACCUGACCACUUCAAGGUUGCGGUCAAUGAUGCUCACUUGUUGCAGUACAAUCAUCGGAUGAGAAAUCUCAGGGAAAUCAGCAAAUUGGGAAUUUCUGGUGACAUAAAUCUCACCAGCGCUUCACACACUAUGAUAUAAUCUUACAGGGGCAGAUACUUUUUAAAGAAAUGAAAUUGAACAUAAACCUUACACAUUUAAAAGUUUCAUGUUCGCUUUGAGUGAAAAAUUUUACCUUUAUUCAUCAAUGUCCUUCUUGUAAAUCAUCCAUUUAAUAAAUAUUGUAAGACUUACCUGUUUUAUAUGUCAUUUAAUUGGGAUACAAUGGACUCAGUGGAAAAAAGAUUUAUGUAGCAAUGUUAAUACUGUCUCCAAAGUUUUUAAUGUUUGCUAAACUAUUUUUUAAAGAAGAGGGACUUCCCUGGUGGUCCAGUGGUUAAGACUUCGCCUUCCAAUGAAGGGGUGCAGGUUCGAUCCCUGUGGGGAGCUAAGAUCCCACAUGCCUUGGGGCCAAAAAAACCAAAAAACAGAAAACAGAAAAUAUUGUAACAAAUUCAAUAAGACUUAAAAAAAAAUAGGAAUAAAUACUACCCCCAAGUUAACCUCUCUUCUAGAGUUUUAUAAAAAUCAACAGCUGCUACAAAGAAAUUGUUCUAUUUUCUUACGUAAGGAAACAUAAUAUAUUCAGGAAAUGAGAAAAGCCGAAAGAAAAAGUUUACAUAUAGACAACCCACAAUUACUGUUAGUAUUCUGGUAUAUUUCUUUGGCCUCCUCUUAACUCUCUCUCUAAACUACACUUCACUGCUUUCAAAUCAGUAAUUGAUACCAAUAUCAGACAAUCUUCCCAUGGGUUCUUUUGGUUUUAUGAAAUCUCCAGAUUUGUAGAGGGAAAAAAAGAGUAGGUUUUUAAUUAGAAAUGUAAUCAGCUUGAAAAAGUUAAUAGUUCCUAUUGUCAAUACUCUCAGCCAUGCCUUUCUGCCCUUCCUCAUUACCAGCAAGGCCAAAGGUUAAUAUAAUUUCAAAAUUAGGAUAUGCUCACAUCACUUCAUUUUAUAGACCAAAAUAUUAUUUGACCUAUUAUUGUUUCUACAAUACCAUCUUCUCAAGUACUUUGUUGCCACAGGUUGGGUUCCCCAGGAGGCAAAUAGAUUAGAAUGCAAGAGGUUUAUGAGGGAGUGCCCUUUCUCUCAACAGCUGUGGAGAUGAGCAGGCACACAAUUAGGCAGAGUGAGAAGUUGAGAAUCUGUGCCUCAGCCUACUCUACAGGGGUUAUGAGCUGGGAUGAUGCUUUAGAGCUGUCAAGAGGGCAACAGGCCUUCAAAGUUUCACUUCAGUCAAUGGAUACAGGCCAUCUAGCAAACAGUCUGAUUUUGGGUGAAGUGGCUUUCUUCACCUGAGGCAGUUCUCACUCGGGAUGAUUCCCAAGGACUUGACUGUCUGCCAGCAGCACUUAGAGCAACUAAAGAAACGCGUCCUUCAGUCCUAAAGUGGGAUGUGAACAGCACACCAUGGCUUAUUUCAAAAAGUAUGUUAAUUCCUUAUUCUAACAUUCUGAUCUUGACUGUUCUACUCCAAUGAUUAAACAGAAGAACACAGUAAGCUAUGGAGAAAAGAGGGAAUUUGGUUUACACAAGAUUAUUUAAACCUCUGAGCCUUGGUUUCUUUGUCUAUAAAAUGAGCUGUAUAAUAGAUUUUAUAACACAUUUUUUGUCUAUAAAAUGGGUUACUGUGACCAUUGAAUAAAUAUUGUUUGCAAAGGGGUUGUCAUAUAGUAGAUCCUCAAUAAAUGGAAAUCGCAUUUUUUUCAUUUUUGGAAAGGCUCUUGUUCUACCCAGUUUUCUCUCAUUUUGUCUCUAAAGAUUUUCUUAAUACCUCAUAAUUCUACAGUCCAAUAGCCCAAGGACGCUCUAUCUAGUUAUAGGGCACAUUGAUGUCUGCCGACCCAACUCAUUCUCUGCUUCCUAAUAGUCCUGGUUUUACCCAGAUAUAAUCCCAGAUAAAAUAGGGAAGCCUGAUUAGUUUAAGCAAACCCUAGCUGACCUGCAGAUGGAGACAUGGCAUCAGCUGGCCUAAUCAGACUAAAGGGAAGGACAUGGAUCUGAUCACCACUAGCAGCCAAAGUUCCCAGCUUUAGAGAUACUGACACCAAGGAUGCCAGGAGGAACUAUGAACAGAUGUUGGACCUUGAUGCCAGCAUUGACCUGUUGAUUGUAAAGUGCCUGAAAUCACCCAGACAACUUGUGAAAUAAUAAACUUCCUUAUUGUUAAGCCAAUUUGAGUUCAUUUCAUUAUUACUUAGAAAGCCAAAAGCUUUCUAAAUGAUUCAAUAGUACAUCGUAUUAAACCUACAAAAAAAAAAAAAGAUCAUGUUUACUGACAUUGUUUUAUUCUCAUCUGCUUUAUCCUUGAGGGCAAAUGUUAUUUUAUUGUUAUGUUGUUUAUUGCUUUAUAUAGAUUCUAAGUCUUGGGUUGCUUUGUACCCAUCUCUUUUACAUGUUCAUGGCCCAGGACCCUUAGAAAACCCUAACUUUAUAUAAAAUGUUUCUUUGUUCUGAAUGUCUUGCUUGAAUGGUUCAUUGAUGGCUAUUAAAACUUUUUUUAUUAUA